CGGGGGGUUGGGAAUGGCAGUCUUCAAACUACUCCAUAUAUAACCAUGAGCAAGAAACGAAAGGCCGCUGCGGUCGCUACUACCGCCGCAACUGUCGGCGACGCCGAGGUCGAAAACAACAGCGCCGACACUCGCAGUGAAAGUGACCACGAUGGUGAAAAGCCACACCCGAAAAAGCCUCAGAAUGGUUCAGACGAGGACGACGACGAGGACGACGAUAAUGAAGAUCUCGACCAGGAAACAGUGGACGUGGAUUUCGAGUUCUUCGACCCAAAACCCAUCGAUUUCCACGGCCUCAAAUCCCUCCUCCGUCAAACAUUCCACUCAGACACCGAUCUCAUCCCAGCCUCCCAGCUCGCUGAUCUCAUCAUCUCUCGAUCCGCCGUAGGGACAACUGUCAAGGUCGAGGAUACCCAGGACCCUUAUGCUCUCAUGACCGUUGUGGACCUCGGGUUGGCGGCCGGUGCGGCGGCCGUUGUAAAGGAAGAUGGAGAGAAGGACGGGACAUCUGCAAACCCCAAUGGCAAAACCAAAGGAAAACAACCAGCCGAAGACUCCGCAUCCUUCCCCUCCGCCGUAAAAGCCGUCACAGACUACCUCCUCUCCCGCGCCCGCAAAGCCACCACCACAACACCCUCCUCCACCCCUGACGCGUUCACCCGUCUCUCUACCGUCAUCAACCCCACCACGACAACACAACCAGCAGCAGCCUGGCUCCUGAACGAACGCCUCCUAAACAUGCCCCCGCAAAUCGUGCCCCCCAUGCUCAAAAUGCUCCUCGAAGAAAUCGAAUCGGCCGUCGAAGAGGGAACCUCACCUGAUUUCGCGCACUUUGUGUACGUGAGCAAGAUCUACAGGGAGGUGGAGGGGAUGACGGAGGAGGAGGCUGCUGGGGGCGACGACGACGGCACUGGGAGGGGAAAGAAGAAGAAACGGAGAAAGGAGAAAUCCGCGAGUGAGGAUGCCCCCGUCUUCUUUUUUCAGAUGGAGGAUGAGAUCAUCCAGGAGCACGCAACAUUCACGUUCGACUACCCCUUCGCGAAGCCCGCGCAACAGUCCACCGACUCCCGCCGCGCGUUCCACGAGUUUGGAAUCGAUCCCUUGCGGAGGGUCAUGGUUAUCCCGAAGGAGGAGAUGCGGAACGUGCUGGCGGCGUUGGAGGCUGCGCUGGGGAGUACGUGAGCGGUGGGGGAGGAGAGAGGUGGGAGGCGAGUGAUACGAAUGUGCGGGAUUGGCCGCGAUGCUUCCACCAUCAUCCUGGAUAGCCGUCCAGCACCGAGGUUCUGGAAAUGAAGUGCCUCGG